GAAAGGCAGCCAUGGCUACUUUCUUCUCUACCGUUUUCUCAUCUCCAAACCCUCUCAGAUCCAAAUCAAUUCUCCAUUACAACCAACAAUUAACAGUCAAAUGCAACGCAGCAGCAGCGCCACCACUUCCGACGGAGGUCCGCACAUUCUGGAAGUGGCUAUGCGACGAAAAGGUGGUGUCCUCCACGUCUCCGGCCAAGCCAGGAACCGUCCCUGAAGGUCUAGGAUUGGUUGCAGAGAGAGACAUAGGUCGAAACGAAGUCAUUCUGGAGAUGCCGAAGAAGUUCUGGAUUAAUCCAGAUACAGUCUCAGCAUCUGAAAUCGGUAAGGUGUGUAAUGGAUUGAAGCCGUGGAUCUCUGUUGCACUGUUUCUGAUCAGGGAGAAGCUGAGAGAAGAGAAUGAUUAUUCUCCGUGGAGAAAUUACAUCGAUAUUCUUCCUGAGUAUACUGAUUCCACAAUCUUCUGGUCAGAAGAGGAGCUCUGUGAGAUUGAAGGAACCCAAUUAUUGAGCACAACACUGAGUGUCAAAGAAUAUGUGAAGAAUGAGUUUCUUCAAGUCCAAGAGCAAGUGAUUCUUCCUAACAAACGACUCUUCCCUUUUGUCGUUACAUUCGAAGAUUUCAUCUGGGCCUUUGGGAUACUCAGAUCGAGGGCGUUCUCACGACUUCGUGGUCAAAAUCUUGUCUUGAUUCCCUUGGCAGACUUGAUCAAUCACAGCCCCAGUAUAACCACAGAAGAUUAUGCAUAUGAGAUCAAAGGGGCUGGCCUAUUCUCCAGGGAUCAAAUAUUCUCUUUGAGAACUCCUAUUCCAGUUAAGGCUGGUCAGCAGGUCUUGAUCCAAUACGAUCUGAACAAAAGCAAUGCCGAAUUGGCACUAGAUUAUGGAUUUAUAGAAUCAACACCCGAUAGAAAUACGUACACCUUAACACUACAAAUCUCAGAUUCAGACCCUUAUUUUGACGAUAAGCUAGAUAUUGCUGAAAGUAAUGGCACAAAAGCCGUUCAAUAUUUUGACAUCACUUUAGGGCGGCCUCUUCCGCCUAAAAUGCUGCCAUAUUUAAGGCUAGUAGCUCUUGGUGGCACCGAUGCUUUCCUACUAGAAUCCAUUUUUAGAAACUCAGUCUGGGAUCACCUUGAACUGCCUGUUAGCCGCGAUAAUGAGGAGGUCAUAUGUCAAGUUGUACGCAGUGCCUGCCAGUCUGCUCUUUCUAGCUAUCGGACCACCAUUGAAGAGGACGAGAAGUUGAAGGGAGGGGAUCUCGAUCGGAGGGUUGAGAUUGCGGUCGGCAUUCGGUCCGGGGAGAAAAUGGUAUUGCAACAUAUAGAUGGGAUCUUUAAAGAGAGGGAAAUGGAGUUGGAUGAAUAUGAAUAUUAUCAAGAAAGGAGGCUUAGAGAUCUUGGUUUGGUUGGAGAACAAGGUGACAUUAUCUUUUGGGAGCCCAAAUAGGAUUCUUUAGAAUGAGAUUUAUCAGGUUCGUUUAGUUUCUUUUAUCUGGUUUUUAUUUAUUUCACGAGGUACAAGUUGUCUUCGGAUUUAUGUAGGCAAACUAUCACGAGUAUUUAGACAAAAAAAAA